UUUCUUUCUUUUUCCCUGCGUCUGCUUCGUGUUUCUUUUCUCUCUCAUCAACAACACAAACCCUUAUGGUUCAAAUGCAAAAUCGAAGGUCAAGGCUCGUGAAUCUCGGAACAAGGCAAGAAGAAAACGUGAUCUACGGACAAAGAGCUACGCAUCUAUCCGAACAAAAUCUCAAUCGAUCAAAUUCAGAAUUUCAUGGCAAUUUGGGGAUUUCUCUUUUUGAGAGGCAUAUAUGGCGGGUUGCUUUUGAAUUUGCGCAACUACUGGGUUUUGAUAGUAUCUUUUGGUUGAAGGGGAUUCGAUCUCAACAAAUUGUAAGGAUCCUAAAUGGGGAAAUCCAGUGUCCGGCUAAUGUACGUGGAAAUGAUCAUCGAGGAUAUCCGAGGAAUGGCUGGACAAUUUGCAAGAUGUAGCUACAAGUUUGUGAGUAGAUUGGCGAAUGCGGUAGCCGAUUAAUUGGCAAGUGAAUGGUUUGAGAGGCUCUGGUUGCAAGACCUAGAAAGCUAGACUCCCCGUUUGGUUAUUGAGCUUGUUAGGACCAAAUAAUCUUUUUUUUUUUUUUUUAUAUGUGUUGAAGUGUUAUCAAUAAAGCUUUCUAUCGUUUUGACACACACAAAAAAAAAAAAA